AUGGUACAGGCUGGACACCAGAAAGCACAUAUCACACCUGGUCCUGGACAAGACACAGUCUCCACCAUGUUUCACUUUGAUUUGUCCGCCUCCGUUGUGGCGUCGAACCCAGAGUUGGCGAUUUCUCUGCUGCUCGUCCCCUUCGCUCUGGGUCUCUGCAUCUACGCCUUCGCCUUCUGCUCCCAAAGGGUCAAAGGUUGCCUCUUUGGGCAGUCGCUGCACAAGUCCCUCUGCUGCAGAGAGAGUGAGCUCCGUGGCGUGCAGCACACCCACAUGUCUCUGUUCAGUCUGCUCGUGUACGACGCCUUCACCGCCAUCUCUGCCACGCUGGCUGUGGCUUUGGCCCUAACCCAAGUGUGUCAGAAUCAUCUCCUGCCCUGUCUGAUAGCUGGAGGGUUCUGGAGGAGUAUGAGAAAGCUCAGUCUGUCCCAACACCUGGUCACGGCUCUGGUCGCCGUCCUCUUCCUCUACCGUCCACAACACGCCAACCGCUAUCGCCAGGCCGGGAAAAGCCUCCUUCUUCCACCAUUCGCUCUGAUCAUGCAGGCUCAGACCAGGAUGGCCAAACAGAGGAGGCUGCUGGGAGUCCUGGCUGCUGUCACCUACGUCCUCGUCUGUCUCCCCAACGCCGUCCUCGACUGUCUGCUCCUGAAGUCACAUGACUAUCUCCCACUGGCCUUCGAUGUUUUCUGCAUCACAAACUUCUACUUUGUCCUGGACGCUCUGCUGUUUUAUCUGGUUCUGAAAAUAAACGUGGAGGAAGAAGAAGAGCCACAGUACGAGGCGGCCAUUAGACUGACGAGCGCUGACAUGCUUCCACUACCACCCCAGGCCUUGGCUCUUGGUCCAACAGUGGCUCUUGGUCCAAAAGUGGCUCUUGGUCCAAAAGUGGCUCUUGGUCCAACAGUGGCUCUUGGUCCAACAGUGGCUCUUGGUCCAACAGUGGCUCUUGGUCCAACAGUGGCUCUUGGUCCAAAAGUGGCUCUUGGUCCAAAAGUGGCUCUUGGUCUAACAGUGGCUCUUGGUCCAAAAGUGGCUCUUGGUCCAACAGUGGCUCUUGGUCCAACAGUGGCUCCUGGUCCAACAGUGGCUCUUGGUCCAACAGUGGCUCUUGGUCCAACAGUGGCUCUUGGUCCAAAAGUGGCUCUUGGUCCAAAAGUGGCUCUUGGUCCAACAGUGGCUCUUGGUCCAAAAGUGGCUCUUGGUCCAACAGUGGCUCUUGGUCGAACAGUGGCUCUUGGUCCAAAAGUGGCUCUUGGUCCAACAGUGGCUCUUGGUUCAACAGUGGCUCUUGGUCCAACAGUGGCUCUUGGUCCAACAGUGGCUCUUGGUCCAACAGUGGCUCUUGGUCCAACAGUGGCUCUUGGUCCAACAGUGGCUCUUGGUCCAAAAGUGGCUCUUGGUCCAAAAGUGGCUCUUGGUCUAACAGUGGCUCUUGGUCCAAAAGUGGCUCUUGGUCCAACAGUGGCUCUUGUGGCUCUUGGUCCAACAGUGGCUCUUGGUCCAAAAGUGGCUCUUGGUCCAAAAGUGGCUCUUGGUCCAACAGUGGCUCUUGGUCCAAAAGUGGCUCUUGGUCCAACAGUGGCUCUUGGUCCAACAGUGGCUCUUGGUCCAAAAGUGGCUCUUGGUCCAACAGUGGCUCUUGGUCCAAAAGUGGCUCUUGGUCCAACAGUGGCUCUUGGUCCAACAGUGGCUCUUGGUCCAACAGUGGCUCUUGGUCCAACAGUGGCUCUUGGUCCAACAGUGGCUCUUGGUCCAACAGUGGCUCUUGGUCCAACAGUGGCUCUUGGUCCAAAAGUGGCUCUUGGUCCAAAAAUCACGUUUAAGAACGAGGUGGGUCAGUACGACCUGGAGGUGACCACGUUCCAACUCGCCGUGCUCUUCGCCUGGAACCAGAGGCCGCAAGAGCGAAUCAGCUUCGAGAACCUAAAGUUAGCUACAGAGCUACCAGACGCCGAGCUGCGCCGCACGCUAUGGUCCCUGGUGGCGUUCCCCAAACUGAAGCGGCAGGUGCUGAGCUACGACCCCUCGGUCUCUUCACCAAAAGACUUCACUGAAGGAACGCUCUUCUCCGUCAACCAGGACUUCUCUCUGAUUAAAAACUCUAAGGUCCAGAAGCGUGGGAAGAUCAACCUGAUUGGUCGACUGCAGCUGACCACGGAGCGCAUGAGGGAGGAGGAGAACGAGGGCAUAGUGCAGCUCAGGAUACUCCGGACUCAGGAGGCCAUCAUCCAGAUCAUGAAGAUGAGGAAGCGCAUCACUAACGCGCAGCUGCAGACGGAGCUGGUGGAGAUCCUCAAGAACAUGUUCCUACCACAGAAGAAGAUGAUCAAGGAGCAGAUGGAGUGGCUCAUAGACCACAAAUAUAUCAGGAGGGACGAGACGGACAUCAACACCUUCAUCUAUAUGGCAGACCACAGGGACUGCCCACACAGACCGCCCACAGGGACUGCCCACACAGACCGCCCACAGGGACUGCCCACACAGACCACAGGGACUGCCCACAGGGACCACAGGGACUGCCCACAGGGACUGCCCACAGGGACCACAAGGACUGCCCACAGAGACCACAGGGACUGCCCACAGACUCUGCAGCCCCUACACCGUCCUGUAUUUAAAAAACGUUUGUUUUGGAGGAAAGAGGAACUAUUUAUAAACGUUCGCCGCUUCAGACGCUGUACGGACAAGAUGGCGGAGAGCGCGUCACGUGGACGACACUCGGACGCCACGCAGAUGCCACGCAGACGAUGCGACUCGAGAAAAGUGAAACUAAGAACAAAGGGAUGUGACUCUGCAGAAACAGAAUGUGGCUCAUGCUAA